AUGCGCAUUCUAGAAAUUGUUGAACGGGUAAAUUUUCAAGGAAUUGAUUUAUUGUUAGACUGUAACACUAAGUAUAAUGAGGAUUUAGUUAAACUGUUUUAUACUGGUGUUGAUGGAAAAUUUGAGGGUUAUAAGUUUGCAUGCAAUAUUGACUAUGAGUUUAGGAGUUCCUUAAACUCAAUGCUGAAGAAACCAUUUUCUACAAAUGUUAUUGAGAGCAAUUUGUUCCCUACCAAUGUGACUACGAUUUUUGUCAAAAAAACAUUAAGUUUGAUGGGCUACACUUGGGAUCCUACAACGCGAAUAUACAAGACCCGUAAACCAGUUGCGAGUUCUAAUAUUCAGCAUUUGGAAGAGGAUGAUGAUGAUGAUGAUGAUGAUGAAGAUGAAUAUGGUGAAGACGAUGAAGAGAAUAAUGAUGACGACUCUCAACCUAUAGAGCAUGAUCAACAAGUCACUGACCAUGGUGGUUAG